UCCAUUUUCGUCCAAGAUCAUCUCUCUCCACUUCCUCUCUCGCUCGUUUCGCAUCCGAAGAAAAAGGGAAGAGUUGGGGUUUCGAGAGGGAAUUAAGGGAAAGGGAAGGAUAUGUCUGCGCCGUGGUGGGACAACGACUACAAUGGCCGCACCGGCUCCGACUCGAAGGGGCAGGAGAGCCGCGUGUACGUCGGCAACCUGCCGUACCGCGCCGACGAGCGCUCCCUCAAGGACUCCUUCUCCAACUACGGCGCCGUCAGCUCCGAGAUCGCUGUGGACCGUGAGACGGGGAGGUCCCGCGGGUUCGGGUUCGUGAGCUUCCAGGACAGCAAGUCGGCGAGCGACGCCAUCAAGGGCAUGAACGGCCAGGACAUCGGCGGCCGCAACGUCAUCGUCCAGGAGGCCCAGCCGCGCUCCCGCCGCUGAGCGCACGGCGCCGGCGGACCAGCCGCCGGCGUGAAGACUACGCGCUCAAGCCUACCUAUCUAGAUACUGCUACUAGUUGUGCUACUAUCAGUUUCAGUUUCAGAGUCGCGUUCGUGUUCGUAGUUUGGUUAAUUAAUGUAGUAGGGUUUAAGAGAUUGAUGCCAAUGAGGCUCUGUUGGUAAUCUCCUUCGUAGUUUGGGUUUAAUAAGAGAUAUGGGUGGUUAAUUAUCAGGCUCUGUUGGUAAUCUCUCGUUGGUAGUUUGGUCAAUGUACUAGGGUUUAAGAGAUGGAUGGGAUGGUUAAUUGUCAGGCUCUGUUGGUAACCUCCUGGAUAUGAAUCCUUUUGUCGUCGACGGCAGUCGGCAGCACCAUAUGCAUGAUCUUUAAAUUAAAGACGUGUUUGCUA